AAGUUGGCUGGACCCUACUAUACACCUUCCGUAAACCUCCUCUUGUACAAAAACAUGGCGGACGGUCAACAGCUGUUCUAUUUUAUUGACAAUUUGACAUUGACAAUUCAUAAUUUUGAGGUUAUAUAGGAAUUCAAAAUUGUGCCUUGCCAUUGCCUUGCAUUGUUUGUUGUUAAUAUUUUGCUGAAAAUAAGUUGCUAUGGAAGCCGUGCAAGCAAUAGCUGCUAUUGAUAUGGUGGAAAAUUUGCCUAGAAGGCGUAUUAAAUUGUACAAUGCCAGAGCAGACCCUUUUUCUUUGCCUGAUGUGGAGUUCAGGAGUCGGUACCGGUUCCAAAAAGAUACAAUGAACUAUAUCAUUGAUUUAGUCCGUGAUGACAUAGUAGUGGAUCAAAGGGGCUGCGGAACAACCCCAGAACUGCAAGUACUGACUGCAAUUAGAUGUUGGGGUCGUCGAGAGGUACAAGAUGAUGCUGGGGAGCUGCAUGGCUUAUCUCAGCCAACCGUGAGUCGCAUCUGUGCCAGAGUGGCUCGUGCUCUUGCGCGACACUCUGCCACGUUUAUAAAAAUGCCAGAAACUGUGCCUCAACAAGAGGCAACUAUAAGGCAGUUUCAUGAAAUUAGAAAUUUUCCAACUGUCAUUGGGUGCAUCGACUGUACCCAUAUCAGAAUAAGGAAAUAUGGAGGUGAUGCAGCACAAUACUACAUAAAUAGAAAGGGAUAUUAUUCAUUAAAUGUACAGGUUGUUUGUGAUGCCACUCUACAAAUUAUGGAUUUGGUGGCUAGAUGGAGAGGCAGUACACACGACUCUCGCAUAUUCACGGAUUCCUCCAUCAAGCAAAGAUUUGAAAGGAGAGAAUUUAGGGGCAGGCUCUUAGGGGACUCUGGGUAUAGGUUGGAGCCGUACCUAUUUACCCCAAUUACAAGACCGCAGAAUGUUGCAGAGGAGCACUACAAUGAGGCCCAUAUUUCCACACGGAACACAAUUGAACGCUGUUUUGGUGUAUGGAAACAACGCUUCCAAUGCCUAUUGCACGGGAUGUCGGUGAAAAUGGAAAAUAUCAAGCCAACAAUCGUAGCUCUGGCUAUACUUCAUAAUAUUGCGAUUAAGCGAGAAGGCCAGAUAGGUACUAUUUUAUUUUAUUUAUAACAUGAUGACUACACCUUACCCAUUUUACACAAUGUUUACCCAUUUUAAAUAUACAAAAUUAAUUACAGAUUUUGAUGCGGAGGAGCAGCUA